UCUGCCAGUCGCCAGUCUCUUGCAAACUUGGUGUUACUGUUUUUCUGGUACCCCGUAUCUCCGCGCAAGCAACCACACACAGACACACACGCAUUCACACACUCUCUUCAGCACCCGCUCCCAGCGCCGCGACCAUGGAUGAUUCCUCCGAAGAGUACGAAGCUCUGUUCCGGUCACUUCUAGCGUUUUACCAGUCUAAGUCCUUGUUUGACAAUGAAAACACCAGCAAGGAUCCUGUCUUCAACCCUGAGCUGGUCAUCGCCCACUGCUUCAAGCAGUUCAAGCAGGAGGACUUCCACCUGCCUCGGAGUCGCCGGCGGAUCUUCAUCUUGCCUCCCAAGGAAGAUGCGAUGCCCGCCAACCCCACACCCCAAACCCAGGCUCCCCCACAGCCUAGCCCCAGCCUCGAAGCCCUGGAAAUUGGGGACGUCCAAGAACAGCCAGAGGACUCAGUCUGGCUGAGCCAGAGGCUGAAGCUUCGGCAGGACCUGGAGUCAUUUGGCAACAUAGAGAAGUGGCUGCAGAACAAGCCUAGACUCACACCUUCUGAGGCCAAAGUCUUCCACUGGAUCCACAAGGAGCAUGAUGAUUGGCUGAUGGCCCAGCAGGCUACUACUGCCAGAGCCACCAAGAAGAAAACCCUCCGACCUUCCCGCCUGCUGGUGCCACAGCUCCGACUGCCCAGACCCCCUGCCCUGUCAGCCUUGUACGCCUACCUGCACAGCCAGAAGAUCAAGAUCCUGGAGAUAUUUAACAAGGUGGACCGGGGCGAGAACCAGAGGAUCUCCAGGGAGGAGUUCAUCAUGGCUCUGAAGGCAGUGGGAGCCCCUCUGAAAAGCCGGGACGUGGAGGAUAUCGUGAUCUAUCUCAGCUCCUUGGGGAAGCACAACAGCAUCACCACAGACAGCCUGACCAGCACCUACAAGCAGUGGUCCUUGGCUCAGCAGAAAAGCACCCUGGCAACAGCAGCGGAGUAUUAUAGACCUGCCAAGCAGAGUGCUUCCCCACAGAGUCCAUCAAAGAAGCAGAGAGAGAAUUCAACCCCACAGCCUCCCAAGAUGGAUCUGCUGACUGUGCCAGUGGUCGAUAUGGGGACAGAGGCUCGGCCCAUGACCCUGGAGGAGAUGGAAGACGUCGGCAAGCGGUACCGUGAGAGGAGGCGGCAGAGCAAGCUCGAGGUCCCCUCCAUCCAGUACACAGAGCGCUGCCGUCUGGUGCGCAGCGGGAAUGAGCACUUCGAUGAGCACUGCCUCCCGUCCACCAUCCAGGGGGAGAUGGGAGAGAUCAUCAACAGGUCCCGCACAGACACCUUUCUGGUCUACCUGCAGUGCUGGAAGCUCUGCGAGGCCUAUGGCCUCCCACUGACCGAGGAUAUCCUCAUGAGAGCCCUGUUGUACCCUGGAGACAAGAUCAUUUUUCAGAAGGACCAGGUGCGCCCGAUUCGGCAGCCUGGAGGCUACUACUCAGACCUGAGGACCUUCAGCCCGAACCUGGCCCUGCUCAGGUUCCAGGGCACCUCCCAGCCUACAGAUAAGAAGCCUGACAAUAGGAAAAUGCCAACAAAAAACAAGAAAAUACACUUCAAGGAGUUUGAGGAAUUCACCAGAAAGCUGAAGGAGAAGAGGCCUAGUGGUCCUCAGCGAACUCAUCCCAAUUUCUUCUGGCCGGGUCACCUCCUGGACAAGCUGCAGCUCUACCUACCCACCAUGACCGUGGACCGCAGCCUGGCACUCUUCAGUUGUGUCCGACGCACACCCCAAGCCUACUCAGUCACCUACCACCCGAACCACUGGUGGCCCAUUAAAGCCAUGAACUACAUGACCUGUGCCUACUACGAUGCCCCUGAGAUCUAUCACAUCUAGUGUGGCCCAGGUGUUGCCAAACCUAGCCAACCUUGGGGCCACAGCCAGAGCAGUCAGCAGCCCAGGGCCAAAGACGCGGGAGAAUAUUAGAGAGCCGGACGGGAGAAACUGUUCCAGUGGGAAGUCAUCCCAAAGUGUCCAGGGUCUCAGAGGGCAGAUGAGUCCAGGGAAAGAUGUGGUUAUUUCCCUCUCCUGACCUUUGUUCUUUUGAAAUAAAGCAGGAUGGAGUUGCUGUGA